AACUCCUCCGAAUACGCAGUCACAAGAUUCACAACCCUCACCUCCUUACUCUCUCUCUCUCUCUGUUUCUCAUCCAAAGGGUUAGGGUUUAUCUUCUCCUCUCUCUCCCAAUGGAUCCAUCUAAGAAGCGAAAGCUGGACGAGAACGGCGUCGUUCUGGACACCGACCCCUCCUCCAUCCCUAAACUCUCCCCUGAAGACGCUCGCAAGCUCAUUGAGCGAUUCAACCCCGAUCAACUCAUCGACAUUCUCCAAGACGCCGUCACCCGCCACGUCGACGUCCUUGACGCCGUCCGAUCGAUCGCCGAUCUCGACGCCUCGCAGCGCAAGCUCUUCAUCCGAGGCCUCGGCUGGGACACCACCACCGAGGGCCUCCGCGCUCUGUUCUCCGCCUACGGCGAGCUCGAGGAGGCCAUUGUCAUCCUCGAUAAGGUCACCGGAAAAUCUAGGGGCUACGGCUUCGUCACAUUUAGACACGUCGACGGCGCGCUCUUAGCCCUAAAAGAGCCGAGCAAAAAGAUCGACGGUCGCAUGACCGUGACUCAGCUCGCGGCCGCAGGGAAUUCGAGCUCCAAUGUCAGCUCCAACAACGCAGCCGACGUGUCGUUGCGGAAGAUUUAUGUAGCCAAUGUGCCGUACGACAUGCCGGCGGAUAAGCUCUUGGCGCAUUUUUCUUUCUAUGGGGAGAUAGAGGAGGGGCCGCUAGGGUUUGACAAGCAGACUGGGAAGUGCAAAGGGUACGCGCUGUUUGUGUAUAAGACUCCGGAGGGCGCUCAGGCUGCGCUGGUCGAUCCGGUGAAGAACAUCGAGGGGAGACAAUUGACUUGUAAAUUGGCGAUUGAUGGGAAGAAGGGCAAGCCAGACGGGCCCGGUCAGGGUCAAGGACCUGGGAGUGGCCCUAAUGCGCACGGGGAUGGUAUGGGGCUGGCACAACCGUCUUCGAUUGCCGGGCAGUAUGGCGGGCCCGGUGGGAUUGGGUCGUAUGGUGGGUUUUCCGGUGGGCACCAGGGCCCACCUCCGUUGGGUCAUCAUCCAUUGGGUGGCCCCGGGCUGUCGUCUGUUGGAAAUCAGGUGAAUUCGGGUUUGGGUGCUGGUGGUGGGUAUGGGGCCGGGUUGGGUGGGCCUUAUGGUAAUUACGGCGGUCCUGGUUCGGUGGGUUAUGGUUUAGGUGGCACUGGUGGGUUGGGUGGAGCUGGUGGUGGACUUGGUGGUGCUGCGUCUGGUGGUGGAGCUCCCGGUGGCGGUGUGGGUACUGGGUCGUCUUUGUAUGGAUUGGCGCCAAGUUCAGCUGGGUUGCCCUCUAGUAGGUUCCCAGAGAGCGGGCACUACGGCUUGUCGUCCUAUCAGAAUCAGCACCACCAGCAAGCUGGAACAUCACCCAUGCCUAGGGUUCCGCCAGGGGGGAUGUACCCGAAUGUGCCACCUUAUUACUGAGCGGAACAUAGUAGGCUUCUGGUUGUUGAAUAAAAAGCUCUGUUGUGUUGGUGACAGUAGAAAUCUUGAUUGUGAAAAUGGCAGAACAUACAUCAAGCCUUUAUGAUUAGCUGUCUUUGUUGGACUUUCUGAAAGUGAGUGUAGCAUUGACUGCAAUUGAGUUUUGAUGGACGGUUUAUUAUGUUUUGGUUCCUGUGGUGUUUCUCAGUUUGAGGGGAGGUUUUUGUUGAUUGUUAGGAGAUGUUCAUUUGUUUAUGGACAUGAAUAUUUUUAUUUUUAUUUUUUAUGGGGAUGGGUGGGUGAGAGGGCCAGCUUUGCGCAUUGUGUUGUUUCUGCUUAGUUUUUUAUGACAGCUUUUUGGUCUAUCAUGGUUUUUUGAUUUCUUAGUAGACCUUGUGCUGCAUCUCAGUUCAAUUUCUAUGUAGUUAUCCUCUAGUGCAGCGAUUUUGACACUGCUGGUCUAUCCAUUGUAUCCAGUGUGAUGAUGUAGCUUUCUCCUUUCCUUUUUUUAUUAUUUAUUUUUAGAUUGUUUGGUGUAGGUUAGAUUGUUUGGUGUAGGUUGACUGACUUGCUCAUUUACAUUUAUUGUGACUUAUGGUUGAGCUAUAUCUGCUGUUUUUUAGGCAGGUUUCAGUCUUUGCUCUUUCCUGGUUCCAAUAGAUAUGGAAUGACCUCCUAAUAAUUAUAUGCUCUUUCGUGACUGAGCUAUCAGCGUCCCUACGCGGAUGUGUUGGAUUUCCUAGUUACACAUUUUUUUUAUCUUUUCAAAUUUCGAACUUCGAACCUCUUCUAACAAGGUGGAGGGAAAUACCACUAGACUAAUAUGGCUUUCUUUGGCCUGUAGUCCUUUAUUCUGUUUCUUUCUUUUCUGAGUUUGGAGGGUUGAAUUUCCCCCACAAAAUGAAAAAAAAAAAAAAAAAGUGGUUUGUCUCGUGUCCUAUGCUAAAUUCCCUAGCUUUGUCGGGAAAAUAGUGUUCUUGACAUCUCUAGGAAAUGUAAAAUAAGUAUUGAAGUGGUCGCCAUCAUCAUUAGAAGUUUGCCUUGACUUUUUGCUGUGGCUGUAAGCUGAAUUUCUUUUAAAUUGAAUGAUUGUGGAAAUGCGUUAAGUGAAAAAUGGGUCGACUAGAUGUUGCUGGGCUUCUAGUUGUUUUUAUUAUGAUAGAUAAACAUGCAAGUUGCACAAUUUCAGACAUUUAGUUCUGUAUGACGUCUUGAUUCUUUGUGUGCUGUUAUUCAAUUAGUGGCUGGACGUGCUUGUUUCUUUGUUUCUUCAUGUCUUCCGUAUGUUCUUGUACAUGGUGGCUGACAACCAUUGCAUUAUAUACGCUUGAUUUUCUGAAAUUUUGAGUUACCCUCUCUUUUUUUGGUUCACUGCGAGUGAGUUUUUGGUGUUGAGGGUGGUGUUCAAUUCGAGGGCCACAAGUGAUGUAAGGAGGGAAAUUGUGUUAACAAACACCUGCCAGAUGACCGACCAGCAGAGUGGUUAUCGGGGUGCAGAUGACAUUUGCUGCAUUGAAGCUCCCAAUGCCUAAAAACGAUGUCGAAUGGUGGCUGCCAAAGGCAUCAUGCUUCAUGCUUUCCUUUCGGAUAAAUGAUGCCGGGCGCUACGUGUGUCUUUCUUGUAUAAAGUUGAAAUCCUUUGAUGUUAAAAUUGAAAAUACCCUCUGUACCUGACCGAUAAAAAGUUAAUGAAAAGUGAAUGCAGAAUCAAUAUAUCCAACUUUAUUCU